GGGCUGGCUCGCGACCAACCCCCACUUGUUAUUCAGUUAAAAGCUUCCGCCACUCCCGUUUCAAUCAAACAGUAUCCUAUGUCCCGGGAAGCCCACGAGGGCAUUAAACCGCACAUCCGGAGGCUUUUGGACCAGGGAGUACUUGUGCCCUGUCGAUCACCUUGGAAUACCCCCCUCCUGCCUGUAAAGAAACCUGGGACAGGGGAUUAUAGACCGGUUCAAGACCUGAGGGAGGUUAAUAAACGGGUUGAAGAUAUACACCCCACGGUGCCAAACCCUUACAACCUCCUCAGCACUCUUCCGCCAACCCACGUUUGGUAUACGAUACUGGACUUGAAGGAUGCCUUCUUCUGUUUGAGAUUGCACCCCCAGAGCCAACUGCUGUUCGCUUUUAAAUGGAAAAACCCAGAAAUGGGACUUUCAGGACAGUUGACCUGGACUCGGCUCCCCCAGGGGUUUAAAAACAGCCCGACUCUCUUUAAUGAAGCCUUACACUCAGACUUAGCCAAAUUCCGGGUUAAACACCCGGCCUUAAUCUUGCUCCAAUAUGUGGACGACCUCCUCCUAGCAGCCAGAACCCAGGCUGAAUGUCAGAGGGGCACUCGGGCCCUUUUGGCUAAACUGGGACAGAAGGGCUAUCGGGCUUCGGCUAAGAAGGCUCAGAUUUGCCAAAGCAAAGUCAUUUACCUGGGUUAUGCCCUAGAGAGAGGACAGAGAUGGCUCACGAGAGCACGGAAAGAGGCCAUACUCUCCAUACCCCCUCCAAGGAACCCCCGCCAGGUGCGGGAGUUCCUAGGUACAGCCGGCUACUGCCGCCUCUGGAUCCCAGGUUUUGCUGAGAUAGCUACCCCCCUGUAUCCUCUCACCAAGCCUGGGACCAUGUUCCACUGGGGAGAAGAGCAGCAACAGGCCUUUCAACGAAUUAAAAACACCUUACUUGAGUCACCAGCCCUUGGCCUGCCAGAUCUGACCAAGCCUUUUGAACUGUUCGUGGACGAGAACUCAGGCUUUGCAAAAGGAGUACUGGUACAGAGAUUGGGGCCAUGGAAGAGACCUGUAGCUUAUCUAUCCAAGAAAUUAGACUCGGUAGCUGCAGGAUGGCCCCCUUGUCUGCGCAUGGUAGCCGCCAUUGCUGUUUUGCUCAAGGAUGCAGGGAAACUGACUUUGAGACAGCCAUUAACUGUGUUAUCCUCUCAUGCGGUGGAAGCUCUGGUCCGGCAGCCCCCAGACAGGUGGCUCUCAAAUUCCAGGAUGACCCACUACCAGGCUCUGUUGCUAGACACAGACCGAGUGGUGUUCGGACCAGUUGUCUCCCUCAACCCCGCAACCCUGCUGCCCUUGCCAGACCCAUCCGAGGAGCACGAUUGCCUCCAGAUUCUGGCGGAGGUCCAUGGCACCCGCUCUGACCUAACAGAUCAACCGCUGUCGAACCCAGAUUUUAUCUGGUUCACGGAUGGAAGCAGCUUCCACCAAGAAGGAGAACGGAGGGCCGGAGCAGCUGUUACCACCGAAUCAGAGGUAGUUUGGGCCUCACCGCUGCCGCCUGGAACAUCGGCCCAAAGUACAGAGCUGAUCGCCCUGACCCAGGCCCUCCGGAUGGCGGAAGGUAAGAGACUCAUGGUUUAUACCGACAGCAGAUAUGCCUUUGCCACUGCUCAUGUACAUAAAAAAAUCUACAAAAAAAGAGGCCUCUUGACCUCAGAGGGUAAAAAAAUUAAAAACAAAAAAAAAUUUUUAGACCUCUUAAAGACACUGUUCCUCCCGCAUCAGCUCAGCAUCAUACAUUGUCCAGGACACCAAAAAGAUGACUCUGUCAUAGCACGGGAAAAUCGGCUGGCUGAUCUAACAGCCCGGACAGUCGCCUUACAAUCCCCAAGGGGCGACCAGCUGUUGGUCUUGCAGGACCAACAGCCAAGUAGAGACCCCAUGUCUUACAGCCCGGAGGACCAAAAACUAGCAAAAAAAAUGGGGGCGAAAUGGAGCCCCGAACAACAAGCUUAUAUAAUGGAUAACAAAUUAGUUAUGCCAACCUCCCAUACCAAAUACAUGCUCAAGUUCCUCCACGCGUUAACCCAUCUGAGCAAAAACAAGAUGAGGGCCCUUCUGGCUGAUGAGACUUCGGGCACUGUAUUAUUGAAUCAGGAACAGGUCCUCCAACAGGUGACUUCCAGCUGCCCUGCCUGUGCCCAAGUUAAUCCAGGAAAAGCCCAUCUGAGCAGAGGGAGCCGCCUGCGAGGUCACCGCCCAGGAGUCCAUUGGGAACUUGACUUCACCGAGGUAAAACCCGGACUAUAUGGAUAUAAAUACCUUCUGAUUUUUGUAGACACAUUUUCAGGGUGGAUGGAGAUCUUCCCUACCAAAAAAAAAACCGCUAACGUGGUAACCAAAAAGCUCCUAAAAAAAUUUUUUCCCAGCCCUACCCUAGAGGCACACCUCCAAGCCCUCCAGCUGGUGCAAAAGACGGUGUGGAAACCCCUGGCGGAUGCCUACCGGGAGCAACUGAAUCGCCCGGUGGUGCCUCAUCCAUUCAAGAUUGGGGACUCUGUCUGGGUCCGACGCCAUCAAUCCAAGAACCUAGAGCCGAGGUGGAAAGGACCCUACACCGUCCUGUUAACUACUCCCACCGCACUCAAGGUUGACGGGAUAGCGGCUUGGGUCCACGCGUCACAUGUGAAGGCUGCCAAGGAACCCGACGAAGCUGAGAACACCGAGACAUCAACAUAAAAAGUUCAACGCUCUUCGAACCCACUCAAGAUAAGACUCACUCGGGGGUCCCCUUGAUCCCCCUAAUAGUCCUCCUCCUGACAUUAGGAGGGGCAUCACCAGAGAGCCCCCACCUGGUUAAAAAAAUUACCUGACAGGUCAUCUCACAAACUGGGGAGACGGUCUGGCAAACGACCGCCCUUCACACCCCCUUUACAUGGUGGCCUAACUUGCAUCCAGAUCUCUGCCAAUUAGCAGCAGGGUCAGAGGACUGGGACAUCCCUACCACUGACCCCAUGAACCCCAGAGCACCAGACGUCUGUCAAGAUGGUAAAA